UCGCGGCCGCGGCGGCGCCCUUCGCCACGUCUCCGCCGGCGACGAGCACCCACCAGUUGGGGGAAUCACUCUUAAUUUGCGUAAUGCUGCAAUGGAUGGGCGGUUCGAGGCGGACGGUGUACGCCUCCAGGAAGUCAACACAGAGCAGACAAAGGCAGUACUUUGAACAAAAGAGACGGCAACAGCAGAGGCCAGAGCUACAGAACCAGGAUAAUGUAGCAGGAGGUCAAGCUUCACGUGAUCAGGAGCCUCGAUCACUUGAUGUUCUAAACAUCAACAAUCUGGCAACUCCAAUUAGUCAUUAUAAUGAAUCCACAAAUGCAGAUGGUGCUAUACAACAGGUGGAUUGCACUCUUUCAGAUGGUCCCCCUACAGAGGCAAUAAAGAUCACUUCUUUAUGCAAUAGCAACAUGAAGGAAGCAGGCUCUCAGCCAAGAUUGUCAUCACCCUUUGGUCAUCAAGGUGUUACAGCAGCUGUAAAUUCUCAUGAAGAACUUGCUUGUAAAAUAUCCCCACCUACAAACUAUAGCACCAGGAAGCAAAUUCAAAAUCUGGAAUGCCAAAGUGAAAUUUCACUUCUUGAUUUGGUCAGUUAUGAGGGAUCAAAUAAUAAGUCUACCACUCGACCUGCCCGUGAGCUUCAUGCUUCAUUUUCUGUUAAAGGUCUUGGUCAUAUCAAGAUGGAAACACCUCCCCAUUCACCGAGGCCAAUCAAUAGGGUUUUACCUUUGCCUCCAAAGGCCAUGCGGUCCACACAUAAAACAAAACGCUCUAUCCCCUUUGAUGUCACAGAGGCAUUGGAUUCUAUGAAUAGUAUCAAUAUGUUGAAGGAGCGAAGACUAUCAGCCAAAAUGGGCAGUACAUUAAAUGAAUCAGGCUAUGAAAGGAGGAAACAGUUUAGCUGCUAUUUCCCGGAUUCAUCUGAGAACCAUAAUGCUGACAUCUAUCUUGAGGAUGAAAACAUGUUUUAUGAACCUCAACCUAAAAAGGAAUGGCAAUCAAAGCAUGUGAGAUCAGAUGGCAAUCUUGUUGAUGAGGAUUCUGAUAGACUCUGGAGGAUAGAUCAAUUUAAUUCACAGGAUCAUUUUCCUAAUCAAAGAGAGGAACAUUUUGAUACAAGUGGCUAUGGAUUUAAAGACGGAUACUCUCCAGAGCGAAGAAACUCAACAAGAUCUAGCACAGGAAUUAAGAAUGCAGGAAUUCCAUCAUCAUAUGACAUGUUUUAUGAUCAUUCAUUGAUGGAUGAUGGUGAGGGCACUGGACUUCUCAAAUGGGAAAGGCACCCACCAAGUAAGAAAAUCUUCAACUCAAAUGGCACUUUUGGUGCUUCUGCUUGGUCUUUCGACACCGUAGAUGAUUCAGAGAAAAGGAGGAGCCCAAUAAGUGAAGAAUCAUGCUCGUCUGCUGCAGCAAUGAAGAAACCAUCGCCAUCAGUAAAGAAUAAGAUGAACCAGAAGGAUGAGUUUCAUAUAAGCUUGGAUAAGCUGGAUAUUCCAGAUAUGGAUGCACAUCUUCAUGGGAGGUCCCUAUUUAACAGUCCAGAAAAGGUGGGUAGAAAAGCAAUGAAGAAACCAUCACCAUCAGUAAAGAAUGAGAUGAACCAGAAGGAUGAGUUUCAUAUAAGCUUGGAUAAGCUAGAUAUUCCAGAUAUGGAUGCACAUCUUCAUGGGAAGUCACUAUUUAACAAUCCAGAAAAGGUGGGUAGAAAAGGAACAACGGAUCAGAAGAUACUUGGAACAAAUUAUUGUCCAGAAAGUGUUACUGAGCAGCCAAGAACUCAAGAGCCGAGCUGUCGUUUAUCACUUAAGGAGAAAUUUUCCAAUUGGGGUUCUUCUAAUUUCCAGCCGAAGGGUAACACUGGACUAACUAACCAAUCAAGUUGCACCGUAAUGCCCAAAGAUAAAUCUUCUUUCCAUGCUUCUCCAGAUUUGAGCAUGUAUCAAACUGAGUCAACUGAAAAGAGAUCUGCUUCAAAAGUUCGUCCUGUUUCUCAUGGACCUGACAAUGCCAUUUUUGAAGAUGGCAUUCACAUGCAGCAGCCUGUUUCAGAUGUUUUUGGUGAUAAAAUUGAAUUAUCAAACCUGUUCCGGACCAAGGAUCUUCAGAGUGACAUUGAUAUGAGCACUUUCUUUGGACAGAAGGUGGACAGGAAGCAAGAAGAUAAGUUUCCAACUUUCAGCAAUCGAAGCGCAGAUUCCUUCGCUGCUGAGAAAGCAGUGAGUUCUGUAAGAAAUACUGUCGGUGGACACAGUACAUGCUCACAGCCUUCUGGCAAGGGUUCAUUCAGGCAUGGGUUCAGUCCUGGUUUUAAUUUCCAGGAGUCAGAAUCAAACACAUUUUGGGGGGGUAGCCAUGUUAGUAAUAACACUUUUCGGGAUGACCUUGAGUUUAGUGGUCUGCUUGCUAGAAAAAAUAGCGAUAAGAAUGAAGUCAAGAUUGAGGCGUCUGAGAAACCAGAUACUAGGCUGUUGACAGAAACACGUCGGAUCUCUGCAGAUCACAAAAAUGAGAUGAAUGGAACUGAAACAAGUUCUAAUGGCUCAGAAGUGUCCAAUUGUUCUGAAGCACAGAAGGAAACUUCAGCAGCAACACAAAUUCCUGCAAACUUAAGCUGUCUUCAGGAAACCUCAGCAGAAUUGUUCCAAGUUCAAACUGAUGUUAGACCUGUAACAGGAGAAAAGCUAGACAAUCCUGGUGUGGACUUCAAAGCUCCAAUGCAUUUGAGAAGCAAGAUUCAUGAUGUUGGAGAUCAUUCUAAACUAAAUGCUAUGUUCCAGUCUCCUUUCAUUGGAGAGGAGGUGGGGAUUGAGAAGAAGAUCAUAGCAAGUGUAUCGCCAGACAACAGUGAUGUUCAGUAUCAGUUUAUGCUUGAACAACGUGUUCUCCGGCGGCUUUGUGUUCAGAAGAUAUUGGUGCCUACACCAAUGAAGGACAAGCUAGAAAAGGAUACGCGAUUUAGGAUAGUGGAGGAUGGACCUCAUGCCCUUCCGAAAAGCGUCUAACAGGGGGAAGAAAUGACGAUGUAGGGGGAGGAAGGAACUCAUUUGACUCCCAUAAACGCAGGAUCAAGCACCUACCUGUGCCUUAUGGGCUCCUCCAUGUCCAUAUGCUCAUUUUAAGUUCACCUCGCUCUUUGAUAUUGUCUGUUCGAAAAUACUAAUGUUUCAUUCACCCAUUAGUUUCGUAGUGUUGGUUGUCACAACAAGCUCGACUCAUCAUACACCUGUGGAGUCGAGAUCUGUGAAUUUUUGUCUGCUAGUAACUCUGGGAGGGUUGUCUGAUGUUAUACAGUGUUAAUCUAUUAGAUUUCUGAACAUUAAGUAAAGUUCCUCAGAAGCUACAGAAAUGUGAAUAGCCUAUUCGAUUUUGCAAACAAAAUGUACCAGAGAUUUUCUAUUCUGAACUUCAA